AUUACCAGUAGAUGGUGAUUAUUUGCUAAGAGGGUUGUUAAAGGGAAGUGUAAGGCGAUUGCGAUUUCCCACGUUAAAACAAGUUAUAGUGAUUAAAAAUGGCAAAAGCCGUAAUAGAAAUUGUAUCUGUUUUAACAGCAAAAGCCAAACCUGCUAUUAGAAAUAUUGUAUACUAUGGGAAAGUAGAACUAGUUCCGCCAAAGGUGUCUGACAUUUCUGCCAUAAGAGCUGGUUUUUCCAACUUAAUCAGUGCUGCUAAAAACAAACGAUAUCUUGAUCUCUCAGUGCGUGAAGCUUGGUUAAAUACAUUAGUUGGAAUUGAAAUUUUAUGUUGGUUCUUUGUUGGAGAAUGUAUUGGGAAACGACAUAUUGUAGGAUAUAAAGUAUAAAGAUGUAUUAAUAUAUUUAUGUAUACAAUCUCUGUAUAAUAGUCAUUCAAAUAAAUAUAUAUACAUAUAUACAUAU